ACCCUCCGCUCCUGGUUUUUUUUUUCUUUUCGAGCUGAGCUCCCGUCCAGCGUCAUCGAAUCGAGAGGGGUGUGUGUCGCGUGGCCGGCAUCCGAUCGGAUCAAUCACCACCAACUCUCUUUGACUGCCUUGGACUUUUUAUUCUUUUUUUUGUCAUUCUUGGCUACAGCUUGAGCUGCUGCUUCUACUUCUUCUACGGGCUCAACGCAUCGAUCCGUCGCAGAAGCAAUUGACACGCUUCAAGCUCUUGUCUCGCUUCAAAUCUGCCCGCCAUGGCGGUGCUCGACAGCGGAGGCUCGGCAAUCCGGGCUGGGAGCUCUGGAAAGCCAAUCUCACUGAUUCUGUUGACGGUCCAAAACUCGGCCUUUAUUCUCAUAAUGCACUUCUCUCGCAUCAUGCCUCCAGCAGGCGACCAUCGAUACUUUCCCUCGACCGCCGUCUUCCUCCACGAGGUCAUCAAGCUGGCUGUUUCCCUUACGCUGGCCCUGUACGAAGCAUCCAAGACGCUGGCGCCCAGCACGCCUGCGACGGUGCUGUUUGAGCAGAUAUACAAUGCCAUGUUUUCGGCGGAUGGGUGGAAGCUGAUUAUACCCGGGGUGUUUUACACGCUGCAGAACAUCCUGCAGUAUGUGGCGAUAGAGAACUUGGAUGCCGUGCAUUUCCAGGUCCUGUACCAAUUGAAGAUCCUCACCACUGCGCUUUUCAGCGUCUAUCUCCUAAGUCGCCCGCUCGGCUUCAAGCGCUGGCUCGCUCUCAUCGUCCUCACCCUCGGCGUCUCAAUCGUCUCUCUUCCGGGCUCGACCACCACCACCGAUGUGCCCAGCGCCGAUUCCCUUCUUCUCCACGGCAUGCCCGACCACUUCUUCCCUCGAUCUCGCCACGAGCUCGGCCACGCCGUUCUUGACGAUGCCCCUGCGCAUCUCACGCGUCGUUCCGCCACCUACGAAGGCAUUGACAACGACCUUCACUCCCUUGAGCCUCCCAUGAACUACUCCGUCGGUGUGACUGCAGUUCUCAUCGCCGCAGCAGUCUCCGGCCUUACUGGAGUGUAUUUCGAAAAGAUUCUCAAGGAGAAUUCUUCCCAGGCCAGUGUGUGGAUACGAAACCUGCAGCUGAGCUUCUACUCCAUGAUAGCCGCUCUCUUUGGUGGCGUCAUGUGGCAAGAUGGGGCUGGUAUCCGCGAGCAUGGCUUUUUCGAGGGCUACAACGCUAUAGUGUGGGCGACGGUCAUCUUGCAGGCGGCGGGCGGCUUGCUAGCCAGCUUGGUGAUUAGAGACGCGGAUAACAUUAUCAAAAACUUUGCUACGAGUAUCAGUAUCAUACUGAGUUUUCUCGUCAGCGUAUGGGUUUUUGAGUUCAAAGUCACCUUCACUUUCCUUCUAGGAACUGUGCUAGUGCUGCUAGCAACGUAUAUGUAUAGUGUAUCGGAAGAAGUCCCUCUUCGUGGCCGACCUCCUGCCAUUAGGGUAGCAAAAUUCGAAAAGCCUGCUAUCGAACAGCUUCUUACGCCUCUGGGCACCCCUCGCCUAGGGCCCUCAAAACACCUCGGUUCCGUCGAUCCAUUUGACGUCAAGGGUGUGGCUUCGACAUCCAGUCGGCCCAGCAGUCCGAUGUUUGCUCGCUCAGGAAGUCGUCUGGCUCCGCAAAAGGAGCUGUGAAUACCUGGUUGACAGCGGCAUUCGAUAUUUCAUCACAUUUUUUCUGCUCAGGGGGAAACCAAAAACACGGUUCUUAUUUUUGAG